GGUAAUUCCCAUUGUCGUCGACGUUUAUCGAUUGUCGUCGACGUUUAUCGACCCAUGUAUAUUUUAUCUUAUAUUUAUAUAAUGUCAAAUUACUUUUAUAUUUGCCAUUUAUAUUUCUUUUAUUGAGCGGUUACGACGUACGAAACAUCAUUGAAGAACACGUCUUAUUAUAAACUAUAAAAUUUGAAAAAUGUCUAAUCCUUACAAUUCAAAUUAUAAACACAAAUCGGGAAGUUUAAAACGGAAAGAAAAAGAAAGAAGGGAACUAGAAAAAUGUAAAUCUGACAAGAAACAAAAAGUACUUGGGGAUUUUUUUAAUCAAUUUGAAAGCUCUCCGAUCACAAUACCUGAUGCUUCUCAAAACGUUGAUAAAAAAAAUUUAUUAACUACUCGUAAAUCGGUUUCAAAUAUAUCUUCUUCACUUAUAAACUGUACGUCUGAUUCAUUUGAGUUAAAUAUUCAUCAAACCAAUGUUCAGGAUUCAUCAAGUGACUUCUCAUUAAAUAAACCUAUAUUAUCUUUACUUAUCUUUAUUUAUCUUAAUGAUUAUGCAAUGCUUUACAUAGAAAGAGAUACAGCAGAAUUAAUAGAUUUACAAUCUACCAUCAAAAUUUUUUCAGAAAAAAAAGCUAGAAAAGGUUAUAAAAGUGAAUUAUUAUAAAUUAUAAUAA